AUGGCGUCCGCCGGAAUCAGCAGCAUGGGGAAUGGCAAGGCCGUGCGUGCGCUGCUCGCCAUCGUCGCCGUCAUCGCCGCGUGUCUCCCCCAGCCGUCGCAAGCAGCAGCAGCAGCGAGCGUGUCGGUCCCAGUGCCGAUAGGCACGCCGAUGACAAUCAACGGGCGCACAUUCAAAUUCUCGCCGCGCCGCUGUGUCAACCUUCCCGCCAUGUCGCCGUCUCAGAAGGCGCGGGUGGUGGUGCCGUGGCAGCAGGCGAGCAUGUCUGGCAAGGCUAUGUGCCGCGCGAUCUGGUUCUUCCAGGAUCCCGCGUGCAAAGGACAGACGUUGGACGUUUUCGUGAAUGGCCAACAGAGGUGCGCCUUCCAUUCUUGCUCGCCUUGCUUCCAUGCUCCUAUGCUCUUGAUGCCGCUCGUUUGCUCCCCCACCUGA